AUGUAUCUCGGCCUCGAAAAGAAAGUCGUCCUCGUCACCGGUAGGUGUUGCUUGCUCAUCACACGAUCAGCUAUCUGACCUUCUCUAGGCGGAACCAAAGGCAUUGGGCGGUCCAUUGUGAAAGCCUUCCUCCACGAAGGUUCUACGGUGCAUUUUUGCUCGAGAACAGCUUCAGAUGUCCAGGCUGCGAAUGAGACUUAUGCCAAAGAAUUUCCAGAUGCAAAAGCCUUCGGUGCGGCCGUAGAUGUCUCGAGGAACGAGGAAUUGGAGGAAUGGGUCCAAGGGAUUGUGAAGGAGAGUAGUAGGAUUGACGUUGUUGUGGCCAAUGUUAGUGCCAUGGCUAUUGAGGUCAGUAAUUCGAUCGCGUUGAGAUUGGGUAGGACAACUGAUAUUGUGGAAGGACAAUGUUGAGAACUGGAACGCCGCUUUCCAAACGGACAUGAUGGGAACCUACAAUCUCAUCCAAGCAGCGCUGCCGCAUCUCGAAAAGACGAAGGGCAACAUUGUGAACAUCAAUUCUGUUAGCGGUCGUGAUGUCGACUUCACCGGCGCAGGUCCGUAUGGAACGUUGAAAGUGAGCCUCACCUCGUAACAUCCCGCUCCUGUGUGCUUCUGUCACUCGCCACUGACAUGGCCUCCAAGGCCGCUCUCAUCCGCUACACAGCCGGUCUCGCGCAACAGCUCGCUCCGAAAGGUAUCCGGGCCAACACACUGUCCCCGGGAAACAUCUACAUCCAAGACGGAGUUUGGGGCGGCGCCGAACGCAACAUGCCGGAGUUCUUCCAUUCGCAAUGGGACAAGAAUCCGAUGGGAAGAAUGGGUCGAUCUGAAGAAGUUGCUGAUUCUGUGGUCUUUUUGGCCAGUCAACGGGCAAGUUUUAUCAGUGGGGCGAAUUUGAUCGUGGACGGUGCACUCUGCAAAGGCGUGCAAUUUUGA